GCAAUGCCCUAAGAGAUCCUCACAUGACAACGUUCGACGGCGUAAGAUACAAUUUCCAAGGUCUGUGUACAUAUGUUCUCACUCAGGACUGUAGUGACAUCCACAAACCAUCAUUUCAAGUGACUGCUGAUUUCCGUGAGAAACGUUCAAAACCACUAACUCGUAUUAAUGCUGUCAAUGUUAAUGUUGAUGGGAUGCAGUUACUACGAAUACUACAGAAUAAUAGUUUUCUUAUACAAGAUCAACUCUUCACCAAUUCAUCUGCUGUAAUUGGUAAUGGACAGGGAACUGUGAAGGUAGAAGACGAACACGUGUACGUAAAACUGGAUAGUCCCGCUCUAUCUCUGGUUUGGACAAAAGAGACCCAUGGUAUCAAUAUAGCUUUGAAUGGUCCUAAUAUGCGAGGCAAUGUAUGUGGUCUACUAGGAAACGCUAAUGGUGAUCCUGAGGAUGACCUAAUGAAAUCUGAUGGAGUUAUUGUGACUAAAGAUGAUAUAUACGAAUUUGGAGAUAGUUGGAUGGUCCCUGGAAGCUGUGAAUAAAAAAAAACGAUCACGGCGUGGCGGGGAAUGGUAUAACAUUAUUAAAUUACUGGUAGUGGGAGCUUGCUAUUACUAAACGUGGAUUAAACGUGGAUUGAUUGGUCAAUAACACAGGAAUAGAUAGUUUACCUGGUUCUUAUCUGUGUUUGGUAAAAUAAAGGGCACAAUAUAAAAGUUAAUAAAGUAGAGCACUGCAAAUUGA